AAGUUGCUGGUAUCGUGGUUCGGGUGAAGAAUAUAACAUAAUAUGGCAAUGGGCUACUCUCUUCGGUUGGAUAUAUGCAUCCAUCAUAUAUUGUGCGAUCAUUGUUAUUAUGGUUAUUAAAAAACUUAGAUUUGUGAAAAAAGAAAUUGAUGAUGGUUUUGAUUCUAAUUCGACUACUCAUAUAUCCAAUUAUCCCACCUUAAUUAAUAAGACUGUGAUUACUUCUGUUGUCAGAAGGGUUAUCUUGUAUCCUGUGGUGCCACUGAUAGCUAAGUUUUGUAACUCUUUCGUUGAAACCUACGCUUAUAUUAAUCGUGCACUAUCCUAUCCUCUAUUUUUAUUUUGUUUCGUUGGCAUGUCACUUCAAGUUACAUAUAUG